UCGAGAACCCUAAUUUAUUCCUGGUUUCCCCGCUUGAUCCUUAUUCGAUUCACGAUUCCCUUUCGUUCGGCCUCACCCUUCUGUCGAUUUGGUCCAUUACAGGGUUCCGAUUCGCUCCCCCUUCCAAUAUCUAGGGUUUCUUAUGCCCCUCCUCUGCGAUCACGCCACCGAUUCAACCCCUGACCUUCCAUGUCGAAAGGCGACGACGCCUCCACCGUCGAGAUCCGCGAUGUCUGGGCCAACAACCUUGAGGCUGAGUUCGCCGUGAUCCGGGAGAUCGUCGACGAUUUCCCCUUCGUCGCCAUGGACACCGAGUUCCCGGGCGUCGCCGUUCGCCCCCUCGGCGACUUCAAGACCGUGGCCGACCAGAACUACCACAUCCUCCGCGCCAACGUCGACCUUCUCCACCUUAUCCAGCUCGGCCUGACCUUCUCUGACGCCGACGGGAACCUCCCGACCUCCUCGGCUGCCGGCGGACACCCUGUCGUGUGGCAGUUCAACUUCAGGGAGUUCGACGUCGACCGCGACGUCAGCAAUCCCGAUUCCAUCGACCUCCUCAUCAGGUCCGGCAUUGAUUUGGUGAGAAAUCGGGAAUUCGGUGUCGACGCGAUACGAUUCGCCGAACUCCUGAUGUCGUCUGGCGUCGUCCUCAACGAUUCCGUUAGUUGGGUGACCUUCCACUGUGCUUAUGACUUCGGAUACCUCCUAAAACUCCUAACUUGCAGAAGGCUUCCCGACACCCGGGAGGGGUUCUUUGAGCUCGUCAGGACGUUCUUCCCGGUUGUGUACGACAUUAAGCACCUGUUGAAGUUCUCGAACAGCCUCCACGGGGGGCUUAACAAGGUUGCCGAGCAGUUGGAGGUCGAGAGGGUCGGCAUCUGCCAUCAAGCGGGCUCAGAUAGCUUGCUUACUGCUCGCGCAUUUAGGAAGUUGAUGGGCAGUUACUUUGAUGGGUCAAUUGAGAGGUAUGCUGGGGUGAUGUAUGGUUUGGAUAUUGAACAUGGCAUAAACACACGGUGAUGUUUGCUGUAAUUCAUCAAUGAAUUUGAAAAAGAAAGGGGAAAAAAAAAACUGGUUUGGUGAGUA